GAGUGCCAUGCCGAGACCAACUUCCCAGGACCUAGCAGGUUUCUGGGACUUAUUGCAGCUCUCAAUUGAAGACGUCAGCAUGAAGUUUGAUGAACUGCACCAGUUGAAACUCAAUGAAUGGAAAAUAAUAGAAUCACCUGAAAGGAAGCCAACUGGUUGGUGGAUGGAAGAAAGAAAGGUUCCUCCUCCUGUACCAAAGAAGCCCCCAAAAGGAAAAUUCCCUAUCACAAGAGAAAAAUCUCUGGACCUACCCGACAGACAGCGACAAGAAGCUAGAAGACGGCUAAUGGCUGCUAAGAGAGCAGCCUCUUUCCGGCAGAAUUCAGCCACAGAGCGUGCAGACAGCAUCGAGAUAUAUAUCCCAGAGGCUCAAACCCGGCUUUAAAGACAGAAUGCUGCAGAGUUCCUUUUUUAAACAAAAUGCUUGUACAGUUUGUCACUUACCUGGUAAUUUUUGUCUCAUUCUCUCCACUAAAUAUGCCCUUGCUGUUGUGUUCUUUGUGCCAUAAGCACAGUGGAAUGCUUUUGAUUUCCUCAGAAUUUGCUGAGCUCACCGCAAGAACGACUUCUUUUUGUAUUUAUUGUCUGACUUACAAUCAGCUACAAUGGAUAGGGCUUGUCGAGACCUGACUUAUCCAAUAUAUUCUCAGAGGACAACAAGAAACACCUCUUGAGAUGGAACCCAGCUUACUUUUUUGUUAUUUAUAUUUUUAUAAAAUGUGUGAUAAUUAGGGAUAAGAAUAACAAACUAUAAAUGGGUGCAUCUCACCAUUCACUAGAGGCAUUAGCUAAUCCAAGUAGAAGGUGCUACAAAUGUAAAGAGCAGGAAAGAAAGAACCCAUUUAUCUCUCUGACCUCCAGUUUCUUUUCCUAGAACCCAGCUAACAUAUCUACCCAUGCGCUCUGCCACUCUUCUCAUCUUUGUUACUGCAAAAUAACAUUAGGCCUCUCAUGUCAUGUCAAGUUUCUGGAGAUGAACAGGGAUAUCCAGCCACUAAAACUCCAAAGUUCAUCAGAAACCAAGAAGCGUACAAGUCUGGUGGUGGUGGGAAUGCCCACUGAGAAACAUUUGCUGUUAGCAGUGUAACGACACUCUGAAACCUAAGCAAAAUUAUAAUGCAAGAGGACUUGAGUGAUGGGUGAAAGGAAAAUGGAAGCCUUAAAAAGUUAGAUCUUCUGUAGCAAGAUGUGUAAAGAAAAAGUUAUACUCGCUCCUUUGGAACACUCAUUGCAUUUUUAACCGUUCUUUUACGUGUUAACGUUUAUUUUAUAAACCUUUCAUUUCAAGAGCUGUGCUACAUGUAAUAUUUCAAAUUCUCAAAAUGUUAUAUCAGUUGAGUUUCCAGGGUAUCCUUGAGAAAAAGAAAAAAAAAUCUUGCUUGUUUAAAAUGCCAGUUGUGAUGUUGUAAACAGUUUAAGAAAUAUGAAUGUGAGUGGUAAGUAUAUCUAAGUUUAAAUGGUUAUGUUAAGGUAAAGGUGAACUGUGGUUUACAGUUGUAUUUUUUUUUUUUAGAACUAUUUUUCUAUGCAGUAUCAUUUAUGGCAAGAAUAAGCUUCUUGCUUGCUUCAGACAUUAAAAAAAAGAAAAAAAAAAACAUGACUCAAGAGAUAAGUGAUUUCCAGCCAUGGAAUAUAAGGAAAAUAAUAUAUUUUCAAGCCUCGCAUUGUCAGAAGAGAGAGUUGGUAACUACCGCAGUCAAGAGGCUUUAAUUUAAAGCAAAUUAAGACAGAAUUAUUCCACUUCACCUACCUUCCAGAGCCAACCGAGCAACCCAGCACUUAGAAGUCUUCAGGUGAAGACGCAAUAAGAUGAGUAACCCCCAGCCCCCGAUUCCAAGGUUUGAAUCCCACUGAACACUACUUUAGGUCAGAACAGUCUGAACCCGGUGAGCCAGACAGCCCACCUCCCGCAUCCCCUGUUUACCUGCUUUAACAAAUGCAAUGUAUUUAGCCAUAGGCAGAACAGCUAUUUAAUUAUACUUGAGCACUUUGGUUCUUCACCUGAUGAGCACUUUAAAUCCGAAUCCCACGCACCCUGCAGCCUGAUGGAUGACUGAAAACAUGAAUUAUCGUAGGUUAUGCAGAUCUGACAUUGCUUCAAAUCUGUUUUGUUUGGGGUUUUUUUUGUUUGGUUUUUUCUUUUCCUUCUCUUUUUCCUACAGUGUGUAGUAUUAAGCAUGAGUUCUGUCUUUGGAGCACAGCUGAUAAAGCAUGUUUAGCUUCAAGAUAUGAAUCUUUAGAGAUGAAGUUUUGAGAAGUUUCUGUGAGGAGAAAACCCUGUAAAUUGAGCCUGAUAUCUGGUAUAUACUUUACCAAAUAGCCUUAAACUAUAUUUGGAAGCAAAAACCAAGACGAAUGUAUAUCCUUCAAAAAUGCAAAAAAAAAAAAAAAAAGAAAGAAAAAAAAGAAAGAAAGAAUAAAUCCCUGAAAUAUUCUUCUAUAGGUUAAAACAUUAUAUUUCCCAUCCCUCAUAUUUUCAAGGCAUUUUCUAUUAAGGAAAGAGCUGAAUCCUGGGUAGUGUGCCAUACUGAUGCUACUUCCUCUCUUUGCUGUACUGUUUUAAAUACAAAUGUACCUGCAGACAUUGGCAUCUUUAGUCUUGAAAACUGAUAUCUUAUUUAAAGUGGAGCUGCUAAUUAGAAAUAUCCACACAAAACUAAAGCCAGUGUCUUUCCUAGAUUUAAGAAAUUUAAAAUAGACACACACCCCCUUAUACAUACAUAUAUAUAUAUGGCAGCUGAUACGUUUUAUCUAAUUUUCCUGUCUACUUCAAGGAGAAAUGGCACUUCACUUGCUUGCAACAGGUUUGCUGCACCUGCAGCAACAGGUCAUGCGAUUAAGGCAAGUUGCAUUUGAUCCUGCCGGUAAUCAGACUUUAUAAAGACAAACUGUAAAAAAAAACAGAUUACAGACAAGCUUAGAGCCCAGCUCACCUAAUAAUGCUAACUUGGAGCAGCCCAUGUAAGUCUUUAAUUUCAGAAUCAUAUUUUGAUAGUUUUUUGAUGUGUUAAAAUUUUAUUGGAUGUUCUCAGGCAAAAAUAGGCCUGCGUGAAUGACGCCAACCCUGUAUUUUACAUUUCCCAUGCCAUUAUGAGAAAAUGUUCCAUAUAAGAUUUGGAUAUCUAUGAUUUAUGUUUAUUAAAAAAAAAAAAAGAAGAAUCAAUAGUAAACUAGACGCCUACUAAAAAAAUCUGAUAACAUGUUAUCUGUGCAUGUUACAUUUCAAAGUGCAAUAUAUUAAAUUCUUUUACAGGUAACAUUCUAUCAUUAAAGGCAAAUAAGCCAUUUCUGUUUACAUGUUGUACAUCUGGUUAGUUUAGAAAAAUAACAUUAUGCUUAUCAUACUUGUGUUGCAAACAAAUCAAAUUGCUUCAGUCCCUGACAUGAGAAACACAGCAUGUGGGAUCUUCAUAAACAUAUGCACAGAUCAAUUGUAAUCUGACCCUACAUCGUAACAAUAAAAUUCAGUUACAAAACCAACGUAGGAGGAACAUAAAUAAACAUAAAGAUAGAAAGUGGAAUGCUUUCUACUUUGAGGCUUUGUGGUGUAGACCCACACAGAACAACUGGAUAUAGCAAAAUAGUCUAGUGUUUAAUUGAAUACUAAUUAGACUAAUAUUUAUUUUAAGAGAUGAAAAUUAUAGAAAGUCUCUGUUCAUUUCUUCAUUGCCUGUAAAACACAAGUAUAAUAAACAGAAUUCUGGAAACUUAAAUAAAGAAAAAGACCUGACCGGUAAAGUUGUUGAUAUUUGCCAUACUUAUUUUUGCUUUGUAUAUUUUUUUAGAUUUGAAAAUCUUUGCAAAUUUGGUGAAGUACAUUAUGAAGUGUUUUAUUAUUUCUUGUCAACCUGAUCAGAAUAGCCUUCGGCAGCGUGCGAAGACUAAUAAUGUUGUACAGUUUAAUACCAAAAAAAUGACAUUUUAAUUCAUGCUUAAACCUUGUCACUAUGUUAGAUCUGAGAUCAGUCAGGAAGGAAUUAAAGCGUGCAUAGGAAGGUGUGUGGAUUUCAUAUAUAUAUAAAAUAGAUUUCAUAUAAUGGAAAUUAUUUGUUUUAAA